UGAAUGCACUUUCUCUGGAUUUUAUUGGUGCCGUAAACUUUCCUAAAUAUAUGUUUUUCUGGUGCUCGAGGGGACUUUAAAGUUUGCCUUUUCUUUGAGUAAACUCUUAAUUGCUUGUGUUUUGUCCUAUCAGCAGACUAUAGGCCCUGAGGCAAGUCUCCCUCUCUCUCCCUCACUGUCUUUCUCUUUCUUUCUCUCUCUCUCUCUCCCUCUCUGUCUUCUCUCUCUCUGUUUUCCCUCUUUUAUUCUCGUAGAACAGAUGUUGAAACACAGAGCAGAGCUGGGAGUGUCCGCAGACUUCCUCCUCCUUUUACUCUCAUUCAUUAAAAACAGCCUAGAGCCCACAGACACACACCACAGAAGAGUGUCGUCUGUGCAGAUACUUUCACACAUCACUGUCUGCGAUGGAGAAGAGCCAGGGUCAGGAGCCAGAGGACCCGUCGUACCUCUGUUUCCAGAGGACUCCGUCUCUCAGGAGAAAGUGGAGGAAACGUUACGGAGGUUUGGAUGGAAACAAACUUCUGGAACCGAGCAAAGACCAGGACUCCACAGAGGAGGGAGCAGUGAAGGACGAGUGUCAGACUAGAUCUUCCGUGACCCAGGAGGUUUCCCAGGAUGCAACAGGAGCGCCUCGUCCUGCCCCCAGACUCCUCCAGCCUUUGACCCCUUUACAAAGGCCUGUCAGUCUAGUCUUCCCAGGGUCUGCAGCGCCCCCUGUGUGCAGCUCUAAUGGUUACCUGAAGCCCCCUCUACCCCAGGCCCUGGUCUCACCUGAAGACCGAGUCCCGCCUCAGUCCUGGUUGAGUCCAGUCCAGAGUCCGUCAAAGAGGAAAGCAGCAGCUGAUGUGUUGUUUGACAGUUUCUCCACUAACGGACGCAUCAAUGUGAACCAUUUCUUUGAGUCGAUCUGGAGCUCUGGGCUGCAGCGCUCGGACCCUCGGCUCAGGGAGAGUUUCUUUCACAUGAGGAAACUGCAAGACUCAGAUGGCACCAUAGACAAAAACUCCUUUCACAGGUGUGUGACGGGCUCGGUGUCCCUGAUCCUCAAAGCUCUGCAGGGACGCUUUGUGAUUCCAGAUUUUUCCACUUUCACUGAAGAGACUCAGAAACUGUUCUCCAGCUGCAAACAGCUCUCCUCCUCCUCCGCUCAGGAAAAGGAAAAUGAUGGAGCAGACAGUGUUAAAUGGGGUGUUUCUAUCUGCACUGUGGACGGACAGAGGUUAUCUCUCGGGGACUGGUCCAGCCCAGUCGUGUUGGGGGAGUUGAUGUGGCCGCUGGUUUACGGAGUGGCGGUGGAUUUACUCGGAGCAGACCUGGUUCACAGAUACGUCGGAUUUGAAGAGUUUUCACGAUACAAUUCUCCCUUCACCCUCAACAACUCAGGGGUUCCUCACACUCCUCUGACUGAGACUGGAGCCAUUGUCACAACUUCACUUUUACAGCUGGCUGGACGGCUGUGUGCGGAGGAAGAGGAGAAGUACGAUUCAGUGCUAAACGUGAUCAGAAGACUGUGCAACAAAGAACACGCCAAUCUCAACUGCACCAGUUAUAACAGCAGCAGAGACUCCAGCGUGCGGCUCUCAGCUCUGUCCUUCUAUCUACAAGACAAAAAGUGUUUUCCAGAAAAAGUGGACAUUAACGCUGCUCUGGAUCUGAUGCUACAGUGUUCCUCCACAGAAGUCACGUGUGAGUCUGGGGCAGCUAUGGCCGCCUCGUUGGCCAAUGGGGGCCUCUGUCCGCUGUCAUGUGACCAGGUCCUGUCACCUGCGGCAACCAGGUGUCUUCUGUCAGUGAUGCAGACAGCAGGACUCAAGCACCACUCUACCGCCUUCCACUUUAAGACCUCAGUCCCUGCGGCCUCCAGUUCCCAUGGUGCUUUGCUGGCUGUAGUUCCUGGAGUCUUGGGUCUAAUGGCCUUUUCUCCAGAGACAGACUCCCGUGGGAACCCCUGGAGAGCUCUGCACUUCUGCCAGGAGUUAGUGUCUCGGUUCCAGCUGCACAGUUUUGACAUCAGGACGCCGUUCAGGCAGGUGCUGGCCUACAGACAGUGGAAGUCUGAGUCUGAGGUGAGUCCAAUGAUCCCACACCACUGCUCAAUUGGCCCAAUUUUGGCUACAAUUUCUUUUCCUCGAGUUCUGGGAGGUGUGAUCCAACUUUAUGCCUUCAUGUGGGGGAGCUCUCCGCUGCACGAGGCUCGCAGACACAACAGAGACGCUGCAGUUCAGAUUCUACAGACAACCUCAACCCCGGACAGCUCCUCUCCCCUCUCCUCCUGAACCUAAGAAAAACGAGAAUAUUAUUUAAGUAGAACUGCCAUACCACAAUGUGAAUGAGGGUUGUCAAAAGUAUCCAAAGUCAGAUCUUAAUCAAUAUUAAAACUAGUAUCGAAAGUACAUGUUUUAGAAUGAUCUUGAGCCUAUGGAACGUACCUGGACCACACAGCACAUGGGAAUAGAAAAGAAAGUACUACCGUUUAAUGCUGAAAAUCACAUUCUAUUGUCUAAACAAAGAGUUUAUGUUUUUGUCAUCAUGGUAUCAGAAUCGGUAUCAAGUAUAGGGUCUAUUCCUUAGGACCGAAAUGAAAAACUUUAUUCAAAAACCUAUUUAUAACUGCAGAUAUUUCUUCAACACUGUUACUACUACUUCCAUUACUAUCACAGUUGUUACUACUACUACCAUACAUUUACUGCAACUUUUUCACAAUAAAAGCCUCACUUAUAAAGGCCUGAA